AUGUUCCCAAAGUUGGAGAGGUUGAACUUAAGUUUCUGUAUGAGUUUAUCUGAGUUGCAUCCUUCUGUUGGAUUCCUUGAUAAGCUUGUCUACUUUGAUAUUAAGGAUUGCUAUAACCUUAAGAUGUUUCCAAGAAUAGUCAACAUGAAAUCUCUGCAAGAAAUUAGUUUUGAAGGCUGCAAGAGGCUCAAAAACUUCCCAGAAAUUGUAGGAAGGAUGGAAUCCUUAAAACGCAUGAAUUUGUCUAGAACUGCCAUCAAAGAAGUGCCUUCAUCAAUUGGAUAUGAUCUCUUCAAUCUUCAGGUUUUGUAUUUACAAAAAUGUGAAAACCUUACGAAUCUGCCGCUCAGCAUUUAUGAGUUGCAAGAUCUAAGGUAUCUUCAACUCAAAGGUUGCACAAAACUGGUGUUAAUUCCAUUUCUGAAUAAGGAGAAAUACUGUGAAGUUCUUGCUCCAACGUCUAACUCAAAUAUUUCACAUUACGGCAAGGCAACUUCUAUCCAGGAGGCUGAUGAUGAUGCUGAUGAUGGUCAAGGCAAUUUAGCGUUUCCUUCACUACGUUACUUCUUUGUGGGAGGAUGCUAUACUUCAGACUGUGAUUUCCUUGUGACGCUUGGUUGUGCCUCCACCUUAAAACAGCUUGAUUUUUCAGAAAGCAAUUUCGUUAGUCUUCCUGCUAGCCUUCCAAAAUUUAUCAACUUGGAGUGCCUUAACUUGAGUGGGUGCAAGAGGCUUCAAGAUGUUCUGGAGCUUCCACCAAAUUUGAAACGGUUAUAUGUGAGAGGUUGCGUGUCAUUGGAAAGAAUUUCAAAGUUAUCAAACAUUUUGAAACAUCAAGAAUCGCAAAUGUUUGAGCAGCUGGACUUGAGCAAUUGCUGGAGACUUUGUGACAAUCUGGUGCAGGAGGCAGAGAAAAAAGGUUUGUUAGUGAAUGAUGGUGAUCAUCAGGUGGAGGUUGAUCUGUUCUCUCUUUUUCUCUCUUCCCAGAAGUCUGCAUUCAGGGUUGUAUUUCCAGCAAGUCAUGAAAUUCUAGAGUGGUUCAGCUGUCAAAUGGAUUUCAAAGGGAAUGGACUAUUUGAAUUUUAUAUUCAAGUCCUUCCUAAUUUCAAAUGGGAGAACACAGGAUUAGUUCUAUAUGUUGCUGCCGAUGAGAUGCUAAAUUGGGGAUUCGAAAUUCGUAUUAAUAAAGUACUGGUGCGGAGUAAUUUAGAUGAUCGUUUCUGUAAAGGAUUUCAUGAAGCUGAUUCGGCCCGUGUGUGGCUGCAUUAUAUUCCGUUCGAUAGAAUUGAUAUGCGUCUGUUUGGUUAUAGGCGUCCGCUGCCACCUUUUCAAUGUCGAGUUACUAUUUAUCAAACUCUCAAUUCUAACGUGGUUCCCUUGAAACGCUGCGGAGUUCACCUGGUAAUGCCACCAAAUGAAGUGUGUAUGAAACUAUCCCAGACACAGAAUCUCAGGAAUAGACUCAAAGCAGAGGUCUAUGUUGAUGAACUCGAAUCAAGUGACUCAAACAGCAAGUUGGCAUAUAGCUCAAGAGAAGAAGGGCCGUCAGGACUCAAGAGAGGCCGAAUUGAUCUUUAA